AUGGGACAUUUUGGCCAAAAGGUACUCAAGGCCUUUGGUGCGGGCCACAAUGCGCAGCAGGUUUCAUCUGGCGCACCUCUACCAGGUCGCGCCCUCGUCCACGACGACGAGCGCCCGCUCUCGUCGCCCCCGAACAAUGGCACCUAUCCCCGCCUUGCUCGACUCUCGGACGGCUCUAUCCUCUCCUCCUUCACGCGCUUCCCCGAUGGUAUGCAUGCCCUCUGUGUUGCACGCAGCACCGAUGGUGGGCGCACUUUUGAGAACUUCUCCGAAGUGACUCGAGCGGCCGGGGAUGUGGAUAAUAUGUUCCUCCUCGAGGUCGCGCCUGGUGUGGUCCUGGCAGCCUUCCGCAAUCACGAUCUCGGACCCAAUGGCCCCACGCACUUCCGCAUCACCGUCUGCAGGUCCAUGGACGGGGGCCGCACUUGGCAAUACGCGUCCCAGGCCGCAGAGAAAGGCCCGCCGCUUGGAAUCUGGGAGCCCUUCAUGCGGCUUGGCCGACGGGGAGAGGUGCAACUAACCUACUCCCAAGAAUCCGCGCCUAAUAAUCAAUGCACUAUGCUCGUGGUCUCGCAUGAUCAAGGGAGCACUUGGAGCCGUCCCGUCUGCUUACAUGGCGAUCAAGACCCUUUGCGAGACGGUAUGAAUGGAAUUGCAACCACCAUCGACAAUGGCCGCGAGGCCCUCGUGAUGGUUUUCGAGACCACUCGGUAUGGGCCAUUCAGCAUUGAGGCAUUGAUUUCCUACGAUGAUGGGGCCACCUGGCAUAAUCGGCAUGAAGUUUUCCGUCCACGCCCAGGCCACAACGCGGGGUCUCCGCAGAUCUCUGCCUUUGCCGAUGGCUCUAUGGUUGUCGUAUUUAUGACCGACGAGGAUUCGACCCAGGUGGAGUGGGUCAAGCACGCUUCUAUCAAGGCUGUAUUCGCAGGUCCGCCUCAAAAUGGCCAGAUCCGGUGGAGCGCACCGCAGGUGAUCUCGCGCGCCUCCAGCUUCUGGCCGGGAGUGCUGGCACUCGAUCACCAUACUGCGCUGGUCACCUACGACCGCGGGGGACCGCUUGCCAAAACAAUUUCCUGGCAGCCGCAGUAA